AUGAUUUUAAUAUUAUCAUCAUUUUUAAUAUUUGGAAUCAUUGAAGCAUAGUCUGGAACUGUUAAUCCAACUUAAUAGAACUAUUAAUAUCAAUAUUAAAUGACAAAUUGGAAUAAUUCAUUGUAUUUUACAGUUGAAUAAAAAUAUAUACCUGCUUCUUAUUCCUACAUAAAUUCAUAAUAGAACAGUGUUAAUAAUUAUAUAAUAUUUGCAAUUUAGAAUGGAUAAAUGACUGAUUCAAAUGUUGGAUAUGUAUUUUUACAAUAUUUAAAAAUCGAUACAACAUUGAAGACAUUGACACAUUAUUUUGAAAUAUUAACCCAAAAACAAAAUUAUGUAUAAUAAUACUAAGUCACAAAUUUAAAUUAUGAAGGUAUUUGGUAUUGUUUAGAAAUAAGAAAUGACGUUUUUUAAAAAUAAUUGAACAUUACAUAUUACUAAAAUUCGAAUAAGAAUGUGAUGUUUUAAAAGAUAUAUUAAAAUGAAUAUUUUGCCAUAACUGACUAUUUUUCAUUUUACAUUGGUGAAUCAAAAAUUGUAAAAAUAAAUAAAUAUUUAGUCUAAAUCACUAGGAUACUUUCAAUUUUAGGGAGUUCUUAAGUUUCAAUUAAUACCAUACUCCUCUCGAUUUGUUGCACAAACUUAAAAAACUUGUAGCUCAACUUCUGGCUAUGCAAUGAGAAAUUAAUUUGAUUUUACAACAGAAUAGUAUUAUGAAUUUACUAUUAAAGAAUUGAUUUCAAAAUCAUAUGGAAUAACAACUUGGAUAAAAAUAGUAGAAAAUAAAGGUAUUAACAAUAAUUAUAUAAAUGUAAUGCACAUAUAAUAAAAUCCAAAUUUAAAUUAUUAAACAUAAAUAGGAGGAAGGAUAGCUUAAGUAACAUAUUUAAUAAAUUCAACAAAAUAAAUGAUAGAGGUUGUAUACCAGACAUUUUCAUUUCCUUCAAUACCUAAAUUAUCAAAUGGUGUUGAUCCAUUAGAAAAGAUUGUAAGUUAUGAAAUUGGUAUUUAAUAUUCUCUUUAUAAUUGGCAUUAUUUUUCAUAUUCAUUUAGAAAUAAUUAGAUAUCUUUGAAUUUAAAUUUUGUACAAUAAAACUAUCAAUUUACAAAAACAAUAACUAAUAUAAAUUAAUUUUCAGAUUUGAUGUUAAUAAUACAUUUAGGAGGAACAUUUUCAAAUAGAAGCAAUACAGUUGGAUAAUUUAAUCUACCAUAUUUUUAUUCUUGUCUAACAACAUUAACUCCAAGAUGUCAUUAUUCUUGUUCUACAUGUACAGGACCUUAAUUAAAUUAAUGUUUAAGUUGUACAACAUCUUCAAAUAGAUAAUUAUCAUUUGAUUUUAAAUGCAUCUGUAAACAUGGAUAUUUAGAUUUAAGUGUAAGCUCAUGUUUUUAGGUAUCAACCUCAACAGUUUAAGAGAAAUUAAUACAAUUAUCAACUAAGAAAGAAUACGACUCAGAAUAUCCAAUUAUAGUUUGUAGUUAUGGAUAUUUUAAAUAUGAAGAUAAAUGUUAUGCAUGGUAUUACAUAUUAUAUAUAUUUAUUAGUCCUAAAUUAACAAAGUUAUAUUUUUGUCCUGAAUGCAUUUAAUAUCCAAAUUCUUGGGUUUAUAAUCCAAUAUGUUCAAUAGAUUAUCAAUAGUAUAAUUAGAGUCAAAAUAAUACUUUUACAUAAGAUAUAAUUAUACCAUUAUCGAUACUUUUAUUAAAUGUGGAACCUUAUGCAGUUUACUUAUUUAAUAAUGAAGAACUAAGUUACUGUCCCUUUUGUUUUAAUUUAUGUUUAACAUAUCCAUAUUCAAAUGAAUGCAAAUAAAGUAAUUAUUAUCACCUAUAAUAAAAAAUAAUGGUGAUUUGUAAAUAUGAUGCAUAAUUAUUAGAUGGAGAAUGUAAAUAAUGUCAUUCAGACUGUUAAAAAUGUGCUUAUAUUGAUAAAUAAUUCAUUUGUUUAGAUAAGAAUCCAAUUCAAAUUAUAAAACUAAGAUGUUAGUAAAUUUCAUCAAAUGUAUGUGGUCAAUGUUAUGAUAAUGAAAAUUAUUUUUUAAAUAUGGAAUAGAAUGAUUGUUAUCCAUGUUCAAUUCCUAAUUGUAAGUAUUGUUUUCAAUAUCUAAAGUCAGAUCCUUAAUAUAAUAACAUCUUUUAACAUUAACAAUUAAAUUAUGAUUAAGAAGAUUUAGUAGUAGCUUGUGCCUUAUGCAAAAUAGGAUUCAUUUUUAAUUUUGUAACAGGAACUUGUGAAAAAAAUGUAUUUCUUCUAGGAAAUUCAUGUUAAAAUUAUUAUAUAAACGAAUAAGGCAAAUCAAUUUGUAUUAUUGAUAAGGAUUUUUCUAUAAGUAACUCUAUUUCAGAUUGCAGAGAAUAUUUAUCAAAAUGUCUUAACUGUAUAAAAGUUUAAUAAAAUUAAUAUUAUUGUAUCUAAUGUGAAUCUGGAUACUAUUUACAUUAUUAAUAUGGUUUAUGUAUGUCUUGUUAAGAUUUUAAUCCUCUUUAUUUAGAAUGUGAAUAAUAUCAAUUGUAUGAAUCCUAAUAUAAAUUUUAAUUGACUCCUUUUAUCUUUAAUUUAACUAAAUAACAUCCUGGAACUUAAGUCCUAGACUCUUUAAAAAUAAAGGUUAAAAAAUGUUUUGCCUCUUAUAAUAUGGUUACAGAUAUUUUAUGUUCAUAAACUGAUCCAAUUAAUUGUGAAUUUUAUGAUAAUGGUUGCAGAACUUGUGCAUCUACUAAUGAAGGUACAAAACGACUUACCAUUCUUAAUUUAAAAUGUUCAGAUUGUCCAUAUUUUUGUGAAUAUUGUAAACCUCGUUAAAAUUGGCAGAUAUAUUAAAUUAAUCCUUAUCUAAAUAUAACUACAUUAAUUCCUGAAUUAACUUAUAGAUGCAUUUAAAAGUCAACUACUCAUAGUAAUAUAUUUUUUGAUAAUCAACUAUAAUUACCUAGAAGUUGUUCUUCAGAUAUGCCUAAAUGCGAAUUAUACCAUUCUUAAGUAUUUAUUAAUCAUUCAUUUAGAACUUUACAACUUUUAAAAGCUUUUAUUCAAAUCAAAUGUAAAUUGUCUCAUCUAAUAGUUUAAAAUAUUUUAAUCUAAAAAGUAGUUCAGGAUUUACAUUUUUUAUCAACUCUAGCACUACUAAUUUAGUUGAAAAUUCUUUUCUGAAUUUAUAUGAUGUACCUAAUAAUUAUAUUUCUUUAAUUGUUAGCCUCAAAUAAACAAAAUUUAUUUACUAUUCUUAGAAUAUUUCUUUUGGUUUUAUUUUUGGAAAGCUCAGAUUUGUAAAUUAUUAAGAAAUCUAAUUUUAAUAAACAAGCAUACUUUUUAGUUAAACUUAAUCUUCUAAACUAGUUUUUGAAUCACUUGGUUUAAUUAGCCUUUCAUUUUAAAACUGUAUUAUUUAAGAUACAAAUACUACUUUUAGUUUUUAUUAUCAAUAUUUUGAUACUUCAAUCCUUUAUAGAUCUUAUUAAAUUGCUGUAUAAAAUCCCAACUAAAUUAAUUUUACUAAUGUUCUUUUUUAGAAUAUUGCCCUAUUUAAUACAACAUUUCUUAAUUUAACAACUGUUAAUAAAGAAAUUAAUUAACUUGAUUUCAUUAUAUUUUAGAAUGUAACAUUUUACAAUUGUUCUUUUUCUUAAACUAAUUUCCUAACUCUCUUUGAUGUAAAUCAAUAUAAUGAAAUUUCUGUUAUCUAAUUGAAAUUUAUUGAUUGUAAUUUUAGUGAUAGCUAUUUUAUUUAUACUUUUGGAUUAGAAUUAAAUGGCAACUUUAGACUUGAAAAUUUUAUUAUGACAAAUUGUUAAAUAAAAAAUUCAGCUUUAAUAACAAUUCCUAAUACUUAGAAGACUACAAUCCUUGAUAUAAAUCUAUAAAAUGUUCAAAUUUUUGAUAGUGAUUUUAUUAGAUUAUCUUCCUCAGCAUUUAUAUAAAAUAUUAUCUUAAAUAAUGGCUUUAUUUCCAAUUCAAAAAUUAUUCAUAAAAUUAAAUCACUCAUAUCUACUUCUUAAGAGGAAUAUUUUAUAGAAAAUCUUUAAAUUUCAAAUUGUUAAUAUAAAGAAUUUAAUAUUAUAUCAAUACCUUAAUAUAGCUUUGAGGAUAUUAAAGUAAUUUUAAGAAAUAUUUAAACAUCAAACCUACAGUCUCUUGAUUUCAAAUUAAAUUUAAAUUUCUAUUUUUUUCAUUUUCAAGUAACUUAAAUAAUAAUAGAAAACAUUAAAUUGAUAAGAUAACCAGGUUCAAUUGAUUUUGUUAUAAAAAAAUGUGAAUAUGUAUUAAUUAAAGAAGUGAAAAUAUUUUCCAGUUAAUAAAAAAUAUAAUCCAAUAUAAAUUAAUUAAAUGAAUAAACUUUAAACACAAUCUUUAUAAUAGAAGCAUAGGAAAUAUAAUUAAAUAACAUUUUAUUGUAAGACUAAUUAAGUAUUAAUGUUAUUUUGUUUUAUUUUAACCUCAUUAAAUUGUAAGAUAAAUUAGAUGGAUAUCUAAGAAUUUAAAAUAUAAAUAUUAACAAUAUUCAAAUGUUUAAACUAUCAUUUUCAGAAAUAUCAACUAUAUUUCAUAUAACAAGCUUGAUUAAAUCUAAUAUAUCUUUUACAACUUCUGAAUUUAGUGGAAUAUUUCUCAAUGAAGUAGUGUAGGAUACAAAAAUUUCAUCUGCGGCUAUUGCUGUGAUUGUUUCAGAAUUAAGUAUGCUUUAGUUAGAACACAAUUAAAUUAACAAUGUUGUUGUCUUAAAUUCAAGUAGUUCAAUUUUCUUAAUAUAAACUUAAUCAGCUAUGUUAUAUAAUAUCACAAGUGUAAAUAUCAAUUAACUUUAAUUUUACAUGAAUACAUAUUAAUAACAAUAAUUAGUGUAAUUUGAUUUAUUAGGUGCUUCUGCUCUUAUAAACUCUUAAGGUGGCUUAUUUAAUUUUUAAACUUAAUAAUUAAUUAUAAAAUAAUGUCAUUUUGAAAAUAUCAUUGGAUUAUUGGGAGGAGUAAUAAGUAUAACAACUAAAUUUUUUGGAUUAAUUGAUAUUUAGAGUACAAUUUUUAAUAAUUCUUUUACGAAUUUUCACAGAAGAUAAGAAGGAAGAGGUGGAAGUAUUUUUAUCAAUUCAGAAAAUUCCUACUUAAAUUUAUAUAUUUAAGAUACUAUUUUUAUUAAUUCAACAAGUGGUUUAGAAGGAGGUGUUAUUUAUAUUAAACCUUCUAAAUAUCAAUGUCAAUUAAAAUUUGAUAAUAUUACAUUUAAAGAUGUUUUUGCAAUCUAUUAUUCAGUAAUUUUCUUCUAAGUAAGUGAUACAAAUAUUGAUUCUAAUUCUUUAAUUGAAUUAUUCAAUAUAGAAAUUGAAAAUUCUUAUUAACAAUUUCUUUUGUUUUUGAAAAGCUACUCAAUAGAUUUAAAUACAUAUUAAAUAUAAGAAUAAUAGGCUAUGUUUUCUAUUUAAAAUGCGUAAAAAUAUUUAUUUUAUUUUUAGAGCCAUAUCUUUAAAUGAUUUUAAAGUAUCAGGAUUUUUAGCUCAACCAAUCCUAUAUCUUAUUUUUACAAAUUGCUUAUAUAUGGAAAAAUUAGUUGUAUAAGAUGUUAAUUCUUUGUUAAGUCUACUCAUCUAUAUUGAAAAUAUACCAUGUAAUUUGAUAUAAAUUAUCAUAUUUAGCUGUGAAAUCAUUAGUUGUUAUAAAAUCAAUUUUUAUUAGUUUCUUUAAUGAACUUGAUAUUAAUUAAAUAAAUAAAUUUAAUUAAAUAGAAAAAAUAAACUAAAAUAUCUUUAAUAAAAACGACGUUAAAAAUUUCAGUUCUUUAAUAGAAAUAAAUCUUAAUAACAAUAUUACCUCCGCUUAAAUUAUGUUAAUGUAAAUGCAUAGUAAUAAUUGUAAGACAUGUUAAUUGGGAUUAUUAUAUAUUAAUAAUAAAUAAUUAGCAUAAAAAAUUAGAUUAAGUCAUUUAUAAUUUUUAAAAAAUACUUGUGGUUAAGGAUCGUGUUUAUUUUUGAAUUCAAUUAUAAGUUAAAACAUUCACAAAUUAACUUACUCAUUAUUCUAUAAUAAUUCAGCUUAAACAGGAGGGGCUAUGAAUUUAUAAAAUUUUAGAAUAAAAAUCCAUAAAUCAGUUUUUUUAUCAAAUAUUGCAUUUGGUUCUGGUGGAGCGAUAUAUUAUUAAACUUAAGAUAAAACUUAGGCAUUAGAAUUUAAGGAUGUAAGUUUUAUUAAGAAUUAAGCUCAGAUAGGAGGGGCUAUAUAUGAUAAAACUUUAUUUAGUUUAAAUAAGGUCCUUAUUUUAUUGAUUGAUAAUAAAGCAAAUUAUUUUGCAAAUAAUUUAGCUACUGAACCUACUGAACUAUAAUUAUAAAUAAAUAAUAAAAGUACCCUAAAAUAACAUCUUGAAAGUGGAAAUAAGACAAUAGAGAUUGUUGAAUAUUUUAAUAAUUCAAUACCAGCAUAAUUUAUUUAUAUGCCCAGUGGUAUUUCCUUAAACAAUUAUUAAAAAUUUAACAUAGAAAAAAGUUCUUAUGUUAAUUUAGAUUAUCACUAUACAAUUCAAUGUACUAAUUGUUUAAAUGAAUAAAUUUUUGAUUUAAAUUAGACUUAGUGUUUAUUAAAUAUAAGUUAAAUAGAUUUAAAUGAAUAAAUUUCAUCAUCUAAUAAUUCUGAAAUAAAAAGUGUAAUAUUUAAUGAGAUAAAAUAAAAUUAUGAUUUAAAUGAUUUGAUAUUUAUUUUAGAUCCUUAUUUAUCGAAUUAAUAUUACUUGUAAGUUGAUACACAAUGUAGUAGUAUUAUAAAUUAAGAAUAUUAUAUGAGAUUUUUAGUUAAGACAUUUAUAUGUCAAAUAGGAGAAUAUUUUUCAAACUAAAAGUGCAUAAAAUGUGAUAGUUUAUAAGGAUAUUAUUCAGUAGAAGUAAAAAGUACAUAAUGUACUAGAAUGAACAUCUAAAUGAUUAAAAGCACUACUGGAGCUAUGAUAGAGCUUUAACCUGGUUAUUGGAGACCUUAAUUUAGAUCUAAUUAUAUUGAAUAAUGCAAAAAAUAUCCUAUAAGAUGUCUAGGUGGAUGGGAUGUAUCUGAUAAUACAUGUGCUAUUGGUUCACUUGGAGCUUUAUGUGAAGAAUGUGAUUUAUUUAAUAUUAGAGGACAUGGAUCUUAUUUAAAUAAUAAAGAAAUUAAUUGCUAAAAAUGUGGAAAAUUAAGCUUUUAAUUAAUAUUUAUGAUAUUUCAAUCACUAUGGAUCAUUUUAUUAAUUGGUCUAACUGUUAGAAGUAAUACAUUAUCAAAUAAAUAACUAUUUAAAUUCAAAUGUUUAUAUCGUCAUUAUUAAACUAUUUAUAAAUAAAUGAUGGAUUAAACAAGCACUCUUAUUAAAAUGGCAAAUAAUAAUUUUUAAAUAUUAUCUUUAAUUACUACACUAUAAAUAACUAUUUUUGCAAAUCUAUCAAAUAUUGUUAUAUUUUUAGGAGAUUCUACUUAUAUAGUAACUUAUUAAUUAGAUUGCUCUAUUCCUUCUUUUGUUACAAUUAACUAUGAAUAUGCUCAUUUUAUAAUUAUUUUGUUGUUGCCUUUAUUUCAUUUUGCUUGUUGUUGUUUCGUAUUUUUAAUCUUUCUUAUUAAAAAAUAUGUGAUAUUUUCAAAAUCAUUUCUAUUCUCCUCAAUCAUUUAUUUAUAUUGUUUAAAUUUACAAAACAUAAUGAAAUGGUAUUCUUAUUUAUUUUAAUUUUAUUAGGGGAGCAUCCUUAAUUACAAAACGUCAAUUAUCAGGUAUUGACUGGAUUUAAGCCAAUGUUGCUAGCAAAUUUGAUACUGAAACACAUAAAAUUUGGUCAUUAAGAUUUAUUUAUCCAAUUUUAAUUUUUAUUGGAUUAGUUAUUCCUGCUUUUUUAUUCUUCUAAAUGAGAAAAAUUAGAAAUUCUUUAGAUGAUAAAAAUUCUUUUUAAAAAUUUUCAUUCUUAUAUAAUGAAUACACACCUAAAUCAUAUUAUUGGGAAAUUAUCAAAAUGUUACAAAAAAUAUCAAUCAUUUUAAUUGUUAACUAUUUUGAAUAAUAAAUUCUAAUUAAGGGCAUUUUUAUGUUUCUUAUUGUUUUAGCCUAUUAUAAACUUUGUUUAGAAAUUCAACCUUAUAAGUUAUAAUCAAUUAAUUAAAUUGAUGGAAAGAUUUCCUUUUUAUUAUCAAUCACAUUAAUUUGCAGUCUUUUGUUAUAUGUAAUUUAAUAGGAAGAAAUAAAUUAUUUAAAUUAUGCAAUAUAAACUGUUAUUUUAUUUUUAAUAUAUAAAUAAACAGAAUUACUAUUACGAAGGAUUUUUGUUGUUUAUCUUUAACGAUUAAACUUAUAAUUGGAUUCUUUAAGAAAAUUUAUCAUUUUUAGAUUUCCAAAAAUAAAUAUUUAAUAUGCAUGCUUGAGACCUUAUUUGGUUUUAAGAAAGGAAUAAGAAGAGAGAAUUUAAAUGAGAUUUAAAAAAAUACGAUAAUUUUUGAAAACAAAAUAGAGAUAAAUCAAGGAAAAAAAUUUAUAUCUGAGCAAUACUUAUAGAGAAUCAAGUCUGAUUGGAUGUUAUCCAACUAAUUCAAGUCGUCCCUUAUAUACAGUGGAAACUGGGCAAAUAUUAAAAUCAAAUGAAUGA